AGGUCGCGGGUUCGCGUCCCGCCGCGGACACACAAGGGGAAGGGUGCGGGGGGGGUGUCCCCACCACAGCACCCCAAAAACAACCCGAAAUGUCAGCUCGAGGCCGCCGGGGAGGCGAAAUCCACCAGGACACAGGGCUCUAUUGAGAAGGGCAAGAACAACAACAAAAAAAGAAGGGAAAAAAAAGACUUUAUCCGGGCGGAACGCCAGGCCGGGAGCUCCGCGGGACGUGCCCGGAGUUGGGAAGCGGAGGGAUUCGGGGGGCGAAAUGUGGGGAGCGCCGGCCGCCCCGCGGGGCCACCCCGGUCCCCCCUGCUUGCUGCUCCUGGCUCUGCACACAGGUCUGCUGGCGGGGGUGAACAUCACCAGCCCCGCGGCGCUGGUGCGCGGCACGGCGGGCAAAGCGGCGCUGCUCUCGGUGCGCUACGCCAGCGCCAGCGCCGACAAGCCCGUGGUCAAGUGGCAGCUGAAGCGCGACAAACCCGUCACCGUCGUGCAGUCCAUCGGCACCGAGAUCAUCGGCAACCUACGGCCCGACUACCGGGAUCGCAUCCGGGUGCUGGAGAACGGCUCCCUCCUCAUCAGCCCCUUGCAGUUGUCUGAUGAAGGGGCUUACGAGGUGGAGGUGUCCAUCACCGACGACACCUUCACCGGCGAGAAGACCAUCAACCUCACUGUGGACAUCCCCAUCUCGAAGCCGCAAGUGCUGGUGGCCUCCUCAACGGUGCUGGAGCUCAGUGAGUUCUUCACCCUCAACUGCUCCCACGAGAACGGCACCAAGCCCACCUACACCUGGCUGAAGGAUGGGCGGCCGCUGAGCAACGACUCCCGCCUGCUCCUCUCCCCUGACCAGAAGAUCCUCACCAUCACCCGCGUCCUCAUGGCCGAUGACGAUGUCUACAGCUGCCUGGUGGAGAACCCCAUCAGCCACGGCCGCAGCGUCCCUGUGAAGAUCACUGUCUACCGCCGGAGCUCCCUCUACAUCAUCCUCUCCACGGGCGGCAUCUUCCUCCUCGUCACCCUGGUGACUGUUUGUGCCUGCUGGAAGCCCUCCAAGAAGGAGAAGCGACAAGCGGAGACACAACCAGCUUCCGAAUACACCGAGCAGGACGAGGAGCGCCUGAAGCAUGAGGCUGAGACCAUCCCACGGAGCGCUGAGCACGAGCGCAAGAAUCCAGUGGCCUUGUACAUCCUCAAGGACAAGGACUCUCCGGAGGCAGAGGAGGACUCGGCGCCGGAGCCCCGCGGCGCGGUGGAAGCGGGUUACCCCAGCUCUCCGGUGCCGGCGGCCGGCCGCUCGCCGGGCCCGGUGGGUCGCUCGACGCGGCGCUACCAUCGCUCCCCGGCGCGCUCACCCGCCUCGACGCGCACGCACCGCUCCCCGCCGGGGUCCCCCGCGCGGUCCCGCGGCGCCCCGCGGCUCCUGCGCACCGCCGGCGUCCACGUCAUCCGGGAGCAGGAGGAGGCCAACGCCGUGGAGAUCAGCGCCUGAGCAGGGGGGACACGUGUGUGCCUGCGGUGGCACCGGGCGAGCGGGGACACCGGGCACCGGCCGGCUCGGCGUAAAGUCACUAAUUUGCUAUUGAUCCCACCCGGAGCUCCCCUCUUCCGUCCCCUCUCUUCCUGGGGCGCCGCUUUCAUGGCUUUCCCGCCGGGAUGAGCGCGUGGGGAGCGGGAGGGAGGGAGCGUGUGUGCUGUGCAUGGAGAGAACAUGCAAGAGGCCAUGUAUGGAGCAUGCACGGAGCACAGUGUGCGCACGCUGCGCCGGAAGAGCGAGCGUGGAGCGUGCAGAGAGAACAUGCGUGGAGCAUGAACAGGGGCACAUACAGAGCGUGCAGAGAGAACAUGUAUGAAGCAUGUGCAAGGGCACGUAUGGAGCAUGCACAAGAGCAUGCAUGGAGGGCGCAGAGAGAGCAUGCAUGGGACAUGCAGGAGGGCAUGAAUGGAGCAUGCGCAAAAGCACACAUGGAGCGUGCAAGAGGACAUGGAUAGAACAUGCAUAGGGCAUGCACAGAGAGUGCAGAGGUAUCAUGCAGGGAGCAUGCAGAAAGCGUGCACAAAGCAAACAGCACGUGCAUGGAGCGUGCAAGCGGGCAUGUGCACAACAGAGAGGGUGCAGAGAGAGCAUGUAUGCAGUAAGCAUGCACGGGGCGUGCAAGAGAGAGCAUGAGGGGCACAUAGAACAUGCACAGAGCUUGCAGCCAAAACUGCAUGGACCAUGUGGAGAGCAUGCACAUGGAGAACACGGCUGAAGCAUGCAUGGAGCAUGCAUGGAGCGUGCAGAGAGUACAUGGAGAGAGCGUGUGGGGACAGCGUGCAUGCCAUGAUCACAGAGAGCACACACAGCGUGCAGGGAGCGUGACAAGACAACAUACAUGAAGGGGUAUACACAUGGAGCACACGAGGAGAGCACGCGUGCAGCAUCACAUGGGGUGCGCGCAGAGCACGCAGCAAGAGUGCAGGGGCAUGCACAGAGCAUGUGAAAGAGCUGGCAUGACGCGUGUACCGAGCACACACGAGCACACGAGGAGCAUGCACACAGCACGCCGAGCGAGCACACGUGUACCCGGCGUGUGCAGGAGCACGCGUGCACACGCCACAGCACACACGGUGCACGCAGGCAGCCUAAACGGGGGGGUCCCUCCUCUCCCGUCGCGUCUCCCCCUCCCAGGCCUUCCCGGGAUAUAGGUUUAGGAUGGAAAUCACGGAGCAGCUGGCCCCGGGGUGCCCGGGUGGGUGCUGGGGCACCCUGGGGUGCUUGGGGUGCGCUACUAACCAAUAAACUAAACAUAGUGCCU